AAAAACAUUAAAGUGAGCUUUAAAACAUUACCUAGGUAAGGAAGGGUUGGCGAUGCACGGACCAAUCCUCUUAUCCUUAUCGGAUCCUAAAGCAAAAAAAAAAUUGUCAUAGUCAACAUCUCGAAUUUCAAUUCUUUCCUCCAGCAAUAUUAUCUCAGAUUGUGAUUCUUUUACACACAGCCAUCAUGGAGGCCUCAGCAAACUUUAUUCCUCUCGGUGGAGUGGGAGAGACUUUCGAGUUCGAUCAACCGAUGAAGAAACGCGAUGCAGGCUACAGAAAUAAGUCGCUUUCCUCUGGAAAGCCUAAGGUUAUUGGUGCUACAAAGGGUAGGUCUGUUUAUCUGUUUAUACCGCGGGUGUUGGGAUUUGCUUAAGCGGUGGAGGACCUGGGAUUUGUCUUGGGGUAGGAUGGCCAAUGCUAAUGAAUUGGAUAUAUAGAGGAACGGUCGCGCAUUGCGCGUGAAGUACGACUUGCGGCAAAGAAGGAGAAGAAGAAGGCCAAGUCCGAUGCAAAGAAGGCUAGAAAACUAAAUGGUAUUUUGACUAGACGUGCGGUACGUUUCGUACCUUACUCCAGAUUUGUAGCAGAGUAGGACUAAUGAAAUAUGCGCUUCUAGACUCGUAACCCGGAAAAAUAUAAUAAGAACAAGGAGAGGAAUCGUCUUCACGCAAUCGAUGUCGAACGUUAUAAGAUUCGCUUGAAUGCCGUUAAUCAAGCUCAAAGAUUAGCUGCCGUUCAUGAUCCAAGUGGAGUAUCGUUUAAUGUGGGAGAGGUUGUUACGUUAGAGGAUGGAACUGUGAAGAGCAAGAAGAGCUUAGAGAGGAAGCAAGAACUUGCCGCAGGAAAGAAGCCAAUCGAAAACGAAGAUGCUACUAUUCCAGAAGGUGUCAACCCAGAACGACUUAAGCUUCUCGAAGGGGAGAAGAAAUCACACAUUUCGAAGACGGCACUCAAGAAAAAGAAGAUGUACGAACCAAAACCUGUUCCACCGAAACCGAUCAUUCCAGAGGGAAUCUCUUUGCCGGAGGGAGAGGAGAAUUGGUUAGCAUUGUGGGAUAUUUCAGACGGACAAAUUGAGCAGAGAAUUGCGAUAGCCAAGAGAGACGCUGGAAAUGCAAAGAGAGAUCUUAGAAGACAACAGAGAGAAGAAGCUAGAUUCAGAAGAAUGAUGAAGGCGAAGAGAAGAACAGCACAGAAAAUGGGUGUUACUUUCGAUCCUGUGCAAGCGAAGAACGAGAUUUUGGGCGAUAAUGAUGAAGAGGACGAGGAAGCUUCUGAUUCUGAAGCUGAAACUAACCCUGACUCAGAUUCAGAUUCCGACUCGGAUAGUGAUAAUGGAGACGAUUCCGAAGAGACCAAGGCCAAGAAAGCGGAAGAGAAGAAACAGAAGCCUAAGUUCAACCUAGACGAGAAUCAAAUAAACUCAAUUGUCAAAAGGGAAAUACAGCGCGUCAAGAAAGAUACUCGAAGGCAGGAGAAAGCAAUGGGUGUAUACGAAAAGGAGCCAAAAGUUAUGACCGAAGAGGAAAAAGCUGCGUUGAAAGAGGCCCGUGUAAAGCGCAAAGCCGAGAAGAAAUUGGAGAAAAAAGCUAAGAAGGAAGAGGAGGCGAAAUUGGGAAUUGCAGCUUUGAAGGGAAAGCAAAAUCGAAAGGCGAGAAAGGAAUUGAGGAGAGCAGAGAGGGCUGCUAAGGAAACUUCAGAAGCACCAGCAGAAGUAGAAGUAGAAGAAUCCAAAAAGCGCAAACGCUCCAAGGAAGAAAAAGAAUCCUCGAAGCGAAAGAAGUCGAAAUCGAACUCUGAAGAAGAAGAACCCGCCAAGAAAGAGGUAGCGGCGCAAUGGAAUGCAGAUGCAUUGGAUGGGGAUGCGGAGAGGAAGAGUAAGUUUUUGAGAUUACUGGGUGCAGGAAAGGGAGGAGCUGUUAGUGAAAAGGGGGCGGAGACGAAGGGAAAGGGGAAGGGGAAAAAAGACAUUGAAAAGGUGCAGAGUGAGUUGGAGAGACAGUAUGAUUAUGGUAUGAAGAUGAAGCAUGAUGGAGGUGCGAAGAGAAGAGGUUUGGGUGCGUAGGGUAGAGUAGGGAUAGGUUGAGUGAAGUAGGGUAAAGAUGAGAAAACUCAUUUGCUUUGCUAGUUUGAUGAAGUAAAAUACUUAAUAUCCGUUGCUUUUUGUUACAUAUCUGGGUCGUUUGCUAGUGAUGGCUGGGGGUGUCCAAAACAUUUGUUCUUUUUCCCUUGUGUUUC